GAGCGGACGACACAUCCAAAUCGGAUCUAUUAUUUAAUGAUGAGUGCAGAAAAAUCAAAUAUUUGUUCGAAUAGUAGGCGGAUAUAGUGGAACUCUAAGAUACUGAUAUUACAAAAAUAUAAAAAUAUAUUUGUAUAUAUAUAUAAUAAUAACAGGAAACGUUGAUUGUUUACUGUCUGUGGCACGCGCAGUGAACCGUAGCCCGUACCGAGCAAAUCGUGCGUGGAGAUAAAUCUUACGCGUAAGGAAAACAUUUUCACACAAAUGGAUUUCCUAUCGAAUCUCAUUAAACGACCUAACAGCAUUGCUGUGCCCGAUUCAAAUUCAGUGGCUCAGGUCGACGCAAAGACACCAGAUAGGGGAACCGAUCCCAGCUGCAGCUCGACUGCCCCAACAGCGGGGCUCAACUCAAGGCACACUUCACCAAGUCCUACAUCGCUAAUUACCUUAGCCAUGAACCGCUGCUCCAUUGAUACGGAUCUGGAGAAUCUAUUUGAUUCGGCGGCCCAGGAGCUGGAUAGCCUAGAGCAGCAGCACAAUGAAUUGAUCGCGCAUGUGGAGGCGGCGCCUGUGUCAUGCUCAGAAUCAGCUGACAAGCCAGCCAAUAGCAGGGAAACCAUCACACAGCUGCUCAACGAGAUUAAUUUCAAUUUGGAUCAAGUGAGCGCACGUGAAAUGGAACAUUUGCAGGCAAUGAGCCUAGAGCUGAGUCCACUGGCUAUGAAGCCGUCAACGACAAGGCACAGCUUGGAACAGCAGAAGGCACUCGUCGCGGCAAUGCGUUCCACACCACAGCCAGAUACGCCAAACAAGGAUUUGGAACAACCCUUGCUUAAGCUAACAGGUCUACCCGAGUUCGACGAGACUAAAAUUCCUGAACUGGCGCCACUCAGCGCCGAUAUUGAAGCCGAACUGAAGUCGGAUGUAAGUGCUCCCACGCUCAGCUCCACGACGGUUAAGUUGAGCGAUCACGAUUAUAAUUCCGAUUCGGAUGUCUAUGCCGAGUGCCUCUCGCUGAAUAGCAUCAAGCUCUCGGCGGAUCAGUCUGAGUUGGAAGCUUACUCGAGCGCCUUGAAUGAAGUGCUGGAACAGCAGUUGUCGAAUGCGACAGCCACAACGCUGGACAAUACGCUUAGCGAGGCGAGUACGGCUCAUAACGAUAGCUGCGAGCCCAUGGACGUGGAUGAUAUAAAUGAAACAAUGGAAAUGCUGAGGGAUGUGCUGGCUCCAGAGGAUCAUGAACUGCUGCAGCAACAGUUCCUAGGUGGCGCAAUACAGCAAAACCAAAAUCAUCAGCUACUGCAAAUGGCACAAUCAGAAGAGCACCACAAGAGGGAGAAAUAUCAAGAGCAGCAUAAAGUGGAGGGUCUGCAGCAGAACACGCAGCUGGAACAGCCAACGCAACCAAAUCCCAUUUCAAUUUCCCCACCUAUAUCAGUACAGCACAUGUCAAAAAAAACCGAGGAGCCUGUGCAAACAGUUUCAGUUCCAGAUACUCAAUCCGUAGCUGAAAUUGAGGAUAAACCUGCACAUAAUGAUCAACAGCUGGGGGAAUUAUUAGAAACUCAUACUCCAGUUUCUCCUUCGCCGCCGAUAGCUAGACUGCAAGCAGCUCCAACACCUGUCUCACCUGUUCCUUCUGCAAUGCCCCAAGUGGAGGAGUCCAUACCGGAAUCUGCUCCAGUGCCACCAGUGGAAACGCUACCCUUAUCGCCGCCCAUACCCACGCUUCGCGCGAAGACAGCUAAAGAGUUAGAGGAGCUGAUGGCUUUGCAGGGAUACGUCCAGCCGCUAGAGGAAUUAGAGCAGUCAGUACAGCACAUGUCAAAAGAAGCCGAGGAGCCUGUGCAAACAGUUUCAGGUCUAGACACUCAAUCCGUAGCUGAAAUUAAGGAUAAACCUGCACAUAAUGAUCAACCGCUGGGGGAAUUAGUAAAAACUCCUACUCCAGUUUCUCCUUCGCCGCCAUUGGCUACACUGCAAGCAGCGCCAACAGCUGUCUCGCCUGUUCCUUCUGCAAUGCCCCAAGUGAGGGACCAAUUAGUGGAGGAGUCCAUACCGGAAUCCGCUCUAGUGCCACCAGUGGAAACGCUACCCUUAUCGCCGCCCAUACCCACGCAUCGCGCGAGGACAUCUAAAGAGUUGGAGGAGCUGAUGGCUUUGCAGGGAUACGCCCAGCCGCUAGAAGAAUUAGAACAGUCAGAAAAUGAUGUAGCUACUAAGGAUAGUAGCUCGCCCAAAAAGGAGCAAAGUUUGCAAUCUUCUACGGCCAUACCCAUUGCUUCUGUUGUACCAAAACCAAAGUUAUUCUCAGCGCUUGAACUAAAUAUAAGCGACUCGUCGCAAGGACCUUGCUCAGCGCCUGUAUCACCCACCUUCCCAGUCAAGUCACCUGAAGAAUCGCCAACACACUUUCCUCGCUCGCCGCGUGCCCCGGCAGAGCGGGAUGAGAUGCCCUAUCUGGAGCCAGCCAUUGAGCAGAAGGAGUGCCUAGCCGGUGUCAUAGCCAAAUCACCGUUACCCAUACAAUUGACGGUAACGAAGCCCAGUCCAGAGAAGCCGCGGCAGGAUCAGCAGCUGAACACAACUAUUCCUUUGGGUGGAGGCUCACCACUUAAUGGCACCUUCGACAGUGCCACUGUGGAGUCGUUUGAGGCGGAUGCUGAACGUUCUUCGCGUCGUACAUUUGGUGUACCGCUUGAUGCAAGCUUGGAGCGGCAGCGCCGUACAUUCUCGGUGGUUCCAGAUGAGCCAGUCGAGCACCAGGAGAUACCUAAUCGGCACAGCAACUCCGAUGCAUCCCAGGUCAACGAAGAUGAUAAUCAAUUGAAUUCUACUUAUGGCAUGCCACUGCAAGCAGCUCCGGCGGAGCAGCGUCGCACCUUCUCCAUGCAAAACGACAUACAGCGGAUGGAACAGCCGAGCAUGCGAAAAACCUUUAACCUGGAGCAGGACGCAUCGCCUGCAAUGGAGGCCACCGAGGAGAACAUCAUGUCUGAUGAAUUUGAGCCCAUGGAUGUAGAUGUGUCUCUGCGUGUCAACACUAAUUCAGAACAGUCUACGAAAUGUGGCAACUUUGCCGCCCAGCUGGUCGAGGCCCAAGCUGUGGCACUGCCGUCGGCACCGUCGUCGCCGCCUUUGCCCGCACAACAGCAUGCCCAGCGAGUACUACGGUCAUCCCCGCCGCUGCCUGCCCAGCUCAAGCGUCCGUCCAUACACAAGGAAAUGCCAGCCAAUGCAACGGUUGUGCUGGACGUGCAGAUGCUGUCUAUGAAAGAGCAACUCAGUGCCGGGGACGAAAAAGAGGAUGUAUUUGUAGAGCACUUUGGUGCCAUGUCUCCCAUUUCGGACGACCUCUUCAAGCAGCCCCAAUGCAUCAGCACCUUCGCCAAGGCCAACAGGAAAGCGUCCAUCCCAGCCAGCGUACCCGAACAGGAACAAUUCUAUGAUGCAGACUUCCAAGAUGGCGCCAGCAACAAUAACAUUAUACUCAAUUCAUCUGAUUUCGAUUAUCUGUACACAAAAGGCAGCAACAAUGCGCCCGUCGAUCGGAGCUCUUUGCUUUUGAAAUUUGAUCCACUUCUGGGUGCUCCGGUACCAGUGAAUCAGUUGCCGCAACAGGAGCAAGCAGUGCUCAACAAACUCAGCAACAACAACAAUAUUGCACGGGCAUUGAGUCCCACCUUGGAGGAGCACGAAACAAGCGGCAGCAACCACUCAUUUGCAAGCGAAUCAAGUGCCAAAGGCGCCACUGGAGCUCAAAAGGAUUUCAAGCCGCCAGUAGAUAGAACAAAAAAACAUGCUAAAAUGAGUGUGGACGUUAUCGAUAACGAUUGCAACAAAACCUUCGAUAAUUCAAGUCUGAACUCGGAGGAAAAAACACACAAGUACCACAAUAUGGAUGAACUGGAGAAGAAAAUCAAAAAUGAAGUCACCCGCUCCGAGGACAUUGAAAAAAAACUCAAAGAGGCCGAACAGCGCGAAGAGGCGCUGGUCAAACGGAUUACAGAAAAGGAUAAAAUAAAUGCAAAACUCAACGGCGUCAUUGAGGCCUACGAGAAAGCUAUCGCAGAACUUAUACAUGACAAGGAGCAGUUGGUGCAAACCCAUGAAAGGCAAUUGCAGGAAGUGCAAGCAGAUCGUGAUGCCAAUUAUCAUCACUUAACGUCGCUGGAAACGACAUUCUCAGAUCUCCAUGUCAAGUACGAAAAGAGCAAGGAGAUGACCGCUCACCUGAAGCAGAUCGAGGAGAACCUGCUGGAGGAGAAGAAGAGAUCACUGGAUAAAUUGCGACAGCAGGAGCAACGAUAUGAGCAAAUGAAAAGCCAUGCCAUGCAGCAAAUGGAAAUUGCCAACAAAAAGCUGGCCCUUCUUACAAAAGAGCACGCGGAUGAAAUGAAAAAGUUGAAAGCUUUACUCAAAAAGGAGGAAGUGUCGCGCAUUUCAACGGCAGAGCAACUGCAGCAAAAAUCAAGGGAGAAUGCGGAUCUGCUAAAGAUAUGCGAGGAGCUUAUCUAUGAUAAGGGACAAGGUGGUAGUAGUUAAACUUCACCCGAGUGGAUUAUUUUGCGGCCUGAAUGUAUUUUCUACAUAUAAUUUACGCUGUUAACGCGCACACAUACAUGCUCUCUCUCACACCCAUACACACAUAGAAACACUCACAUACUACGGCAUGUGGAACGCAUGUUUGUCGCAUGUUCAUUCACCCAUUCGCGUACUAUCUCAUUACAUUUUGUAAUUUUUGUUGUGUGCUCUCGUGAAUUGAUUGAGAACUUCAUAUUAAAUCUCAAUUAUUAAGCUGUCGUCUAUUUUGAACUGGAGGACUCUCCCCAAACACUAUGUCUAACUAUCCAUAUAUAUGUAUAUUGUACUACUUCUAGAUUUUUAGUUUACACACACAACACCAGCAACAACAACAGUAGCAGUAACAGUGCGCCGAGCUGCAAAUGAGUUCCACACAAAAGCCGAAAUCCACACACUCGCCUCACUGCUGGGUGUUCGCUCCCCUCUCCUCAAAAUGUUAUUAAUUUCUUUCGAAUCUGCCUUUUGUUAAAGUUUCAUGAUAUUAAUAUGUUAUUUGCCGAAAAUUCGAGUUGAUUUUCAUGCUAAAUAUCAGAUAAUACUUUUCCCCAUACACAAACAGACACACUCACAUACUUUGAAUUGUUUGUUGUGUUUUAUUGAUUGAUGAAAAUUUGAAAGAAACUUGGCAACAACUAAAAUAGAGAUGAAAACAGCGUACGCUCGAGGCGUGCCUUUAUUAAUUGUUUAAGUUUAAUGUUAGUUUAAUUUAAAUUUAAAAAAUUGUAAUAAUUGUAUUAAGCUUGAAAUUCUGUAUUACAUAAUAGUACUAAAACAAAACAAAGCAUAGAAAAUACCAUAACGAAUCAUUACAAAAAGGAAAAAAAAACUAUUUAUGCAUUAAAGAAAAAAGCUAAUUUUUUGUUUCAAUUACAGCUUUAUAUGAAUUUUCAUUUGCCUUGCACUGAGAGUGUUUGCCUUAGAAAAGCAAUAGUCAAAUUUAAAAGGACCGCGUGUGCUUUAAGAUAUCCUCUAACCCUCCUUUUAAAUAUCCUAGUCCACCUCUCCAAACACGCGGUCCACACAAAUUUCGAACAUCUUCUAUUGUAUCACGCUUUGUAGAGCCAACACCGCCUCUAAGAACUAUAAAUGAAUUUUACUUCCAUUUAUGACAUUUAUUAAGAUGUAAGAAGCUGAGAAACAGAAGAGAGAAAAUAACCUUACAAAGUUGUUAACACACACAAAUAAACAAAAGAAUUGUAUACAAACAUUUGUACCCAGUCCAUGUAAUCGAAUAUUAUGCUACUAUACCAACAUAUAUAACGGUAUACAUAUACUAUAUAUUUUUCUAAAAUUGUAGCAUUCAUUAACACACGCGCUUUAAAACAAAUUGAAACCCCUUGAGAGAAAAAGAAAACGCAAAUCCAUUUUGUUGUUUGAGAUUUAAAAUAAGAAGAGGAAAUGAUAUAUAUCAAUGCGCUGUAAAAAAUACACAUAAUAUAUAGUAUUAACGACGUGCUGGCACAUUCAUAAUAUGUGCAGCGGCAUGUGCAUGUAAAGGUGAUGAAUAAGUUGCAUAAUUCAAUAAAUACAAAAUAUGUACGAGUAA